GUUUUCGGUGGCAGGGAGAUAACAUUUUUGAACGAUUACAUUCUGGAGAGGAAAUAAAAGGCAGCACCAAAUAAAGAAGAAAAUGGUCCAGACUUGUGGGUGAAGGAUGAAGGGGUGAGGACCAGGCAGGGAGGCAAGAAGUGGACAGAGGUGGAUGUUAAGCCAAAUUGUUUCACAUCUUUGGUCGGUUGUUGCUCAGUGAUGACUCACUGGCUAUUACUUUUUAGGGAGGUGUUUUUGAUGUUGACGUCCUGUUGCUUGCUGCAGCUGUAAUGACUUGGUGUUAUGCUACUAAUACACAUGUGAAAGUGUAGUUACUCUGUCGUGUAGACCAAAUGUUUUCUGCUACAGUUAUUACUAUUCUGUUCAGGCGCCCUCUUCCCGUCAAAUGUACUCUUCAGUAAACAUUUGUUAGUAUUUAUUUCUCUUCCUCAAAAAAUGGUUUGCUGUUGAUAGUCUAGCGCAGAGAAUGGCAUUGGGGGAAUGGCGUCGGAGUUGUGGUGUAGAGGAUGAAAUGUAUGUGCGUGUUGAAGGAGGAGGCGGAGGGAUGCAUCACAGGAAACCAGCUCUCCAUCCUGUAGCUGAAUUUGACCCUUUGGCCCUGGAUCAAAUGUUCCUCUGGGCUGAAUACCAUGAAGCCUCUGUCCUCUGCAGCAAGCCCCUGCACUGCACGGACUGCCAGUCGGGUGGAAGAGGGUGAAGAAUAUGGAGAGAGGGAGGAGCCGCUGUAUGUGGGAGGAAAGAAAUGCAGGUUUUAUUUGCUCAGAAACACCUGUAGAUUACAGAUUAUCAGUUGUAACUGAGCUACUAAAUAUGAUUCUUCCGUCGCUGCUGACACGCUUCUUUUGGUUUAUGUUGACACCACUUCAUUGAGGGCGCAAUUUCUGACCCGAAAAUGUGUCCAAUUUUGUCAUUUUCUUAUGACGUUCGACCAGUUUGGAUCUAAGUUAGACUGACCAGCAUCACUGUGCUGUGACGGUUCGGUCAUGUUCUGCUCUUCAGAUUCAUUUUAAUUUGGACCCUGGAAUCCACUGCUGCUCUAUUUGAGUAAUUUAAUUGGGGGAAAGACUGGUCUAUUUUUAGCCCCAUGCUUGAUGAAAGGAUCGAAAGUCAAACAGACAGAAGCUACGAAUGCAAAUGUGUGCAGGGGAGACAGAGAGAGGGAGAGGGAGUCUGGGCGAGGAGCGAAGGAGGGAUUUAUCAGUCAGGCUCUGCAACUUUGGAUCAGUGUCUCACUGCUGUCUGUGUGGAACACAUGGCUAGGCUUAACAUGAAGCAGAGCUGGGAAUCCUUUUCUGUGACAAACAGCAUCUCUUACUCGCCCUGCGGCACUUUCUCUCUCACAAGACUCUCGGAAAGCUCUUUUGCAUGCGGUAAAGUGCCACAUGAAAACCUCUUUUUCUAUUGGAGGCAGCUGAAGCUGAAGAAGGAGCUUACAAGAGGAUUGCCCCGUCAUGGAAUGCUGUAGAUUUGUUCAAAGGAAUGCUGGAAGUUUUCCCCUUUUUGGGCACAGAGCUGGCGACCCAGGAGUUGUCAAGUCGGGCGAACAGAUGUUUUAAUGAUUGAAAAGUGACUGUCGAUUUUCAUGCCUCCACUCAACCAGCCCAAGGACUUAAGGAUGAGACGCUUUGACAGGCUGAAAAAGUCCUUUUCCUUCCUGGCACACUUUCACGUGUAUCGAAAGCUGGGCAGUAGCAUGCAGUGUGAGGAGGGCACAGAAUGGCUGCUGGAGCUCUUGAUGGAGGUGCAGCUGCAGCAGUACUUCCUGCGGAUCAGAGACGACCUCAAUGUCACGCGACUGUCUCACUUCGACUAUGUCAAGAACGAAGAUUUGGAGAAGAUCGGCAUGGGGCGACCUGGACAGCGGCGACUGUGGGAGGCUGUAAAGAGGAGGAAAGCCAUGUGCAAGCGCAAGUCCUGGAUGAGCAAGGUGUUCAGUGGCAAGCGUCCAGAUGGUAGCGACUUCCCCCAUCAGGGUCAGUCGGCUUCUACCUUUCGGAAGCUGUCCCCGACUCCUCCCCUUGGAGAGGGGGCCGUGACCUCACCGAGUGAUGGAUGCUCGCCUCUAGACGUCCAGCAGCAAGCUCUGACCUGCCUCAUCCCGGAGAAGGACCUGACACUGCUGGAGAAACUCGGGGACGGCUCCUUUGGUGUUGUAAAGAGAGGAGAGUGGUUGACGCCUGCUGGCAAAGUGCUCAAUGUGGCGGUCAAGUGUCUGAAGACAGAUGUGCUCAGCCAGCCGGACGCUUUGGAGGACUUCAUUUGUGAGGUCAACGCCAUGCAUUCCCUGGACCAUCAGAACCUCAUUCGCCUCUACGGUGUGGUGCUCACACACCCAAUGAAGAUGGUGACCGAGCUGGCUCCCCUGGGUUCCCUGCUGGAGCGACUGCGCUGUGUUCGGCCACAGGGACCAGUUCUCAUUCACACCCUGUGUCAGUAUGCAGUGCAGGUGGCCUGUGGCAUGGCCUAUCUGGAGCAGAGGAGGUUCAUCCACAGAGACCUGGCAGCUCGGAACAUACUGCUUGCGUCAGCGCACCGAGUGAAAAUUGGCGACUUCGGCCUCAUGAGGGCGCUGCCGAACAACCACGAGCACUAUGUAAUGCAGGAGCACCGCAAGGUUCCCUUUGCAUGGUGUGCCCCUGAGAGCUUGAAGACCAGAACAUUCUCUCAUGCCACAGACACGUGGAUGUUCGGAGUCACUCUGUGGGAGAUGUUCACGCACGGCCAGGAGCCUUGGUUGGGCCUGAAUGGGAGUCAGAUCCUGCACAAGAUCGAUAAAGAGGGAGAACGUCUUCCUAAACCCGAGGACUGUCCACAGGACAUCUACAAUGUCAUGCUGCAGUGUUGGGCUCAGAAGCCAGAUGACAGGCCUACGUUUGUUGCCUUGAGGGAGUUCCUGCUGGAGACCAUGCCAACAGACAUGUGUGCUCUGCAAGACUUCAGUGAACCAGACAAACUCCUGAUCCAGAUCAAUGAUGUCAUCACCAUUAUCGAGGGCAGGGCGGAGAAUUACUGGUGGCGUGGCCAAAACAAACGCACUCUCAAGGUCGGACAGUUCCCCAGGAACGUGGUCACAUCAGUCGCGGGCUUGUCGGCUCACGACAUCAGCCGCCCGCUGAAGAACAGCUUCAUCCACACUGGCCAUGGAGACAGUAACCCUCACCGCUGCUGGGGCUUCCCCGACAGGAUCGAUGAUUUGUACCUCGGGAAUCCCAUGGAUCCACCUGAUGUACUCACCGCAGACAAAAGCACUGCACGGCCCACACAGCUGCCUGGACGAGCCAAAAAGGAGCCUCCUCCCCGACCUCCUCAGCCAGCGGUCUUGUUCAAGAAGCCUUGUUAUGACCCGGUAAAUGAGGAUGAGGAUCUGACCACGGUGGGACCGAAAAGAUUAGCGCUUCGGAAAACUGGUUCCGUCAAAGGUCUGAAGCUUAAACCGGCUUCCCGAGCAUCCAAACAGGGAAAUGGCAGGACUGAAGUGUCCCUCAUUGACUUUGGGGAAGAGUUCCCCCCUCCCACUCCUUCCCCCUCACCAGUGGCUGAGGUUCCCCUUCCUUUAUUGGCAAAGCUGGCUUUGGAAGCUGAGAAUAUUCUGGACCGGACCCCACCUCAGAGUCCAUCGAGGUCUCUGCCUCGACCUCUGCAUCCCACACCGGUCGUGGACUGGGAUGCCAGGCCUCUGCCUCCACCUCCAGCCUAUGAUGAUGUCGCCCAGGAUGAAGAUGAUUUAGAGGUGACGUCCAUCAACAGCUUGGACCAACCACCGGAGGAAGACCCGAGAGAUGCCUCCAACUCCGAAGAUCAGCUCUCCUCUGGUCCCUGCCUGGAGGUUGAGACUCAUGUCUCCAGAGUUCCAGCUUUGGAGGACAACCUGUUCCUCCCCAGCAAGCAGAGUCAUGGCCCAUCUACCUCUUUUUCCCAAUCCGCUGAGAUCUUCCAGGAGCUCCAGCAAGAGUGCAUGAGGCGGCUCAACGUGCCUCCAGCAGGCCUCAGCCGCUCAGGGUCUCCGCACCAAAGCUCCACCUCGUGUCCUGAAACACCAGACGGACAACCCUUCUGCACUGAGGAUAAACCUCAGAUUCCUCCUCGCGUGCCGAUUCCUCCUCGCCCUGUGAAAAAGGGGGAUUAUUCCUCUGCCCGUUGGUCACGGGACCUCUCUCUGUCUCCAACACCAGCCGACGGCACGGAGGACACUUCAGGGGCAGAUCAGGACCGGCCACCGCAGAUACCUCCCAGAGACCCUUUGUCCCAACCGAACUCCAGAACUCCUAGCCCCAUGGGUCUAGUCGCUGGCCAACCAAAACUGUACUCUGUUAGUCCCACCAGCACGCAGGUUCCUCUAACCUCUUGCCUCCCAACACACUCCUACCUCUCCACCUCUCCGGGCAAACAGAUGCCUACCACUCAUAGUUUUUGUGCUGACCCAAAAUAUGCUGCUCCCAAACUAGCACAGGUGACAGGGAAAGACUUCAACAGCAAGGGCCCCUGUAUUCUCCCCAUUGUGCGCGACGGACGUAAAGUCAGUAACACUCACUAUUACCUCCUGCCAGAACGCCCGUCGUACCUCGACCGCUACGACCGCUUCUUCAGGGAAGCAGAAAACCUGGGUGCGGAGGACAGACUGGCGCGGCAGGCUAACACUGCCACAGUCAGACCCAUGGUGGUGAGCAGCCACCAGGGACAUGUGCAACGCAGCGAACUCAAGGCUAAUUUCUCCUGCAAUAAUAACAGCAGUCUGGGCGGGACACAGUCAGGGAUGAAGAUUGGGCAACAGCGCGUGUGUUCUGACGGACUGAUGCCGCCAGUGGGCACUGCUGCUUGUACUAGGACAGAGGGAGGAAACCUUGUGGACCGGGUCAGAAUGGUGCAAGAGGCCGUUCAUGGGGUGACGAUAGAGGAAUGCCAAACUGCCCUCCACAACCACAACUGGAAUACAGAAAAAGCUGUUCAUUACCUGAAGGUGGAGCAGCUGUUCUGUUUGGGUCUGAGGAGCCGCUCCGAGUGUCAGAAGCUGCUGGAGAUGUGCGACUGGAACUUGGAGGUGGCCGGCACGCAGAUGUUGGACGGCUACGGCGCCAGACAGAGGCGGUGACCGAAGCCGCUGAGCUCCGGCUGAUCUCCCUCCACACUUGCUCCUCCCUUGGGGCUCCUCCAUCGGACCGUCAGAGUGUAAUCGGGCACUUUGGUGGCCGCUGAAGUGACGCACAGCGUAUUUACAUCGAAUGGCAACAAACCAAGACCUCUGUUUGAUGCAACACUCCCUGAAGCACACCAGAUUGUUGACACUUUAAUGUCAAACACCUUUUGUUGUACAGAAGAAGCGCUGACCAAUGAAAGUCUCUCUGGUCAUGAAAGCACAGCACUUUGUCUCUCAGUUCAAAUGAGUCUCACUUUGACAUCGAUCUGAUUUAGAUUUGACUCAUGCUGGUACUAUUACAGUCGACUCACUUCCAUUCAGUUACAAAUAUAGAAUUCAUAUCAUGUUAAGUGGCAAUAAGGAAGGUGUUUUUGCGUGUUAUCUGUAGAUUAUAAACAUCCAUUAUUAGCCAAUGAUCUGCAGCUCACUUCCGUCUCCUUGCUAAAGCGGGUUACAAGUAACCUGGUAAUAUCAAGUUAGGCUCUGAAAACCAAUAAAAUUUCCUUCAUCCUCCUUGAAGUAGCGCGCACAUGUAGACCCUGACUUUGCUUGAAAACAAACCAAACGCCUCCAUAUGCCCGUCGUGCCCCGCGGCCUCAGCUCAAGCUGUUAGCGCUCCUCUGAAGAAGAUCCAUCUGGACUUUGUUUGCAACGUUUUAGUGAAGGGCGGACUGAUCCUGGAUGACAAACACUCCACCCCACCCCCCCCUUCCUACCUCCGCGUGUGUGCAAUACGUCUGCUGUAGAACCUCUGACCUCCGACUGCGUCCAUCCAUCAGCAUCAUCUCGAGGUGAAAGUAACUUCCAUCCAAGAGUGUUCUUUGUGCUCCAGUGACUCUGAUCCACCGUUUGUUUCUUUGUACCAAGCUGCUGUUUGUGUGAAGGACUGAGCUCCAGCCUCCCUUCUGAACUCUUUUUCAAUUGUCUUUCUCGCCUGUCCUGUCCGUACGUGUUCGCCUCCACGAGUUGUGUGUUUAUCUGGAAAUGCUUGCCAAGCUUUUUCCCCUCCUCCUGGCCUGGGUGAAGAGUUCAUGCUGCCCGGUUUAUAAAUGUAUUUUUUAUUAAAGAUUUCAUUAUU